UGAAUAGUGAAUAGUAUGAAUCAACAGUCUACAUGACCUGUAGAGACCUCACUUUGCGCAUCUGGGCCUCUCAGCUCGGUUCUUUUUUGUUUCUGAGACGUCAAAGAGAUUGGCCACUCUUCUUCAAGCAGACAUGGUGGCAGCAAAGAUUGCCGACGAUGCAGACAAUUAUCUUUUGUUCAGCAAGUUGUCCGCUGCCUUUCUAAAAAACAGGCCGGUCGGUACUGUAGGGCAUGAUUAAACGUUCUAAAUCACCUCUGAAGCUUUGCAUGCUUAAAGCGAACGAUGAAAUAUCAAUUGGGUGGUAUGAUGAUCCAACAUGUUGCUCUGCCAUGUUUGGCUCAAGGAUUUGUGCCUGAGGCGCUGCCACAUCACACGGUGUGCUUCUGACACCUUUCCGCUUUUCUCGAAGCCAUGCGUGAGGCGAUUUGCAUCCACAUCGGCCAGGGCGGCGUACAGAUUGGAAAUGCGUGCUGGGAACUCUUUUGCUUGGAGCACGGCAUCCAACCUGAUGGCCAGAUGCCUUCCGAUAAGACGAUUGGGGGUGGAGAUGAUGCGUUUAACACGUUCUUCUCCGAAACGGGCGCAGGAAAACAUGUUCCUCGCUGCGUGAUGGUUGACCUCGAACCAACUGUUGUGGAUGAAGUGCGCACCGGCACUUAUCGCCAGCUCUUCCAUCCGGAGCAACUGAUUUCAGGCAAAGAGGAUGCUGCGAACAACUUUGCUCGUGGACAUUAUACCAUCGGCAAAGAGAUUGUCGACCUUGUGUUGGAUCGCAUUCGAAAGCUUGCGGACAACUGCACAGGUUUGCAAGGAUUCUGCGUCUACAAUGCUUGUGGUGGCGGUACCGGAUCAGGCUUGGGUUGCCUCAUGUUGGAGCGCUUGUCAGUGGACUACGGCAAGAAGAGCAAAAUUUCUUUCACAGUCUGGUGCUGCCCACAAGUGGCCACUGCCGUUGUCGAGCCAUACAACACCGUCCUGUGUGUUCAUUCCUUGCUGGAGCACACCGACGUGACCAUCAUGUAUGACAACGAGGCGCUCUACGACAUUUGUCGAAGGAACUUGGACAUUGAGCGUCCAACCUACACGAACCUCAACCGCUUGAUCGCCCAGAUCAUCUCGAGUUUGACGGCUUCGCUUCGCUUCGAUGGUGCGCUCAACGUCGACAUCACCGAGUUCCAGACGAAUUUGGUGCCCUACCCGAGAAUCCACUUCAUGCUCACCUCCUACGCUCCGGUCAUCUCAGCUGAGAAGGCCUACCAUGAGCAGUUGUCCGUGGCGGAGAUCACGAUGUCGGUCUUCGAGCCGGCCUCCAUGAUGGUGAAGUGCGAUCCACGUCACGGCAAGUACAUGGCCUGCUGCAUGAUGUAUCGCGGAGAUGUGGUGCCGAAGGAUGUGAACGCGGCGGUGGCCACCAUCAAGACCAAGCGCACCAUCCAGUUCGUGGACUGGUGCCCCACUGGCUUCAAGUGCGGCAUCAACUACCAACCACCUACUGUGGUGCCUGGCGGUGACCUGGCCAAGGUCAUGCGCGCUUGCUGCAUGAUCUCCAACUCCACUGCCAUCGCAGAGGUCUUCUCCCGCAUCGACCACAAAUUCGACCUGAUGUACUCGAAGCGUGCCUUUGUGCACCACUACGUGGGUGAAGGCAUGGAGGAAGGUGAAUUCUCCGAGGCCCGUGAGGACCUGGCUGCCCUGGAGAAGGACUACGAAGAAGUUGGAAUCGAAACAGCCGAGGGCGAAGGCGAGGAAGAAGGCUAUGGCGAUGAGUUCUAAUUCGUCUCCAUCGGACGUGGAAGAAGAACUUCCGGUGCUGCUUCCAGCAGCGGAGCAGCCAUCAGGGUUGUUGGGGGGCCAAAA